ACCUCCUGCCUUUUCUUCUGAGUAUAUUUUCAAAAAGAAGAUUAAAUUUUUUAAGACUAAUCAAUAACCUAUUCAGAGUAGAAGUUUAAUAGCCUUUUGAAACAGUAAUUCAUAUGCAUUGUCCAACUCCAAACGUUUCCAUGUGGUUUUUGAAAUUAAUUACUAGUAGUAUUGAAUUUUUUUUUGAAUUUUUUAAAUAACUUAUAUGCAUUUAAAACACAUUAAUUUGUGACUUCCAAUUUCUAAACAGAUAUACUAAUGUGCACCAACUACCGAGGGAGUCUGUUUAGUGCAUACAUGUAUCUCUUUCUCUUCCAAAAGUCUAAAUUAAAAUCCUCUCUAAAACAGUUUUAUUCACUUAGAGAAUGGCCAAAAAAUAUGAAGGACCUGCUAUCGGAAUCGACCUCGGCACAACCUAUUCAUGUGUAGCAGUUUGGCAGGAGAAUAUCAACCGAGCUGAGAUCAUCCACAAUGAUCAAGGCAAUGGAACCACACCUUCUGUUGUAGCUUUCACUGACUCACUGAGGUUGAUUAGUAAUGCUGCUAAAAAUCAGGCUGCCGCAAACCCAACAAACACUAUCUUUGAUGCAAAGAGGUUAAUCGGAAGAAAAUAUAGUGAUUCUAUUAUUCAGGAUGAUAUAAAUUUGUGGCCCUUUAAGGUAGUUGCUGGCACUGAUGACAAUCCCAUGAUCCUUGUUAAGUACAAGGGUGAAGAGAAGAGGUUUGUUGCUGAGGAAAUAUCAUCUAUGAUCCUCUCAAAGAUGCAUGAUAUUGCAGAGAAAUUUUUGGAAUUGCCUGUAAAGAAUGCAGUGAUUACCGUGCCUGCUUAUUUCAAUGAUUCUCAGCGAAAAGCCACCAAAGAUGCUGGCAUUAUAGCUGGCCUCAAUGUAAUGAGGAUAAUCAACGAACCAACUGCUGCUGCACUUGCAUAUGGUAUUCAAAAGGGAGGUAAUUUUGUUGGAAAACGAAAUAUAUUCAUCUUUGAUCUUGGUGGUGGCACUUUUGAUGUGUCUCUUCUCACACUCAAGGAUGAUAAGUUUGAAGUGAAGGCCACUGCUGGCGAUACUCACCUAGGAGGAGAGGACUUUGAUAACCGAAUGGUGAAUUACUUUGCGAAUGAGUUGAAGAGGAAGAACAAUUUGGACAUUAGUGGGAACCCAAAAGCUUUAAGGAAGCUGAGAACAGCUUGUGAGAGGGCAAAGAGGACACUUUCAUUUGACAUUGAGACCACAAUUGACGUAGAUGCCAUUUGUCAAGGUAUUGAUUUCUGCUCACCAGUUACUCGGGCCAAGUUUGAGCAAAUCAACAUCGACCUCUUUGAAAAAUGUAUGGAGAUUGUUGGGAGUUGUCUACGUGAUGCUAACAUGGUCAAGAGUAGUGUAGAUGAUAUCGUCCUUAUUGGUGGCUCUUCUAGAAUUCCCAAAGUGCAUCAGCUAUUGCAAGAAUUUUUCAAGGGGAAGGAUUUGUGCAUGAGCAUCAACCCUGAUGAGGCUGUUGCUUAUGGUGCAGCUGUGCAGGCUGCUUUGCUGAUUGAAGGCAUUGAGAAUGUUCCAGAUUUUAUCUUGCAAGAUAUUACACCCUUGUCACUUGGUAUAUCAACAAAAGGAGAUAUCAUGAGUGUGGUGAUUCCUAGGAACACUCCCAUUCCUGCCAAGAUGACAGAAGAAAGAUGUAAGACAAGUGUAGAUAACCAAUUUGGUGUCUCAAUUAAUGUUUAUGAGGGUGAGAGAAUAAAAGCCAGUGAGAACAACUUGCUGGGUUUGUUUAGUCUCUUAAUUCCUCGUGCUCCUCGCGGCCUUCGUAUCAAAGUAUGCUUUGCUAUAGAUGCAGAUGGUAUACUAAAUGUCACUGCUGAGGAAGAAACCACUGGAAAUAAAAAAGAGAUUACAAUAACAAAUGUAAAUGGAAGAUUGUCAACUGAAGAAAUUGAGAGAAUGAUCCAAGAAGCAGAGAAUUUCAAGGUUGAAGAUCUGAAGUUCCAAAUGAGAGCUAGAGCAAUGAAUGCUUUGGACGACUAUCUUUACAAAAUGAGUAAAGUAAUGGAGGAUAACAACGUUAGUUCCAUGGUGACUCCUGCAGACAAAACAAAGAUCAAUUCUGCAAUUAUGAACGGAAAAAGUUUGAUUGAUAAUCAUGGCAACCAGCACAAAGAAGCAUGCGUGUUUGUGGACUUUUUGAAGGAGCUUCAAGGCAUCUUUGAGGCAAUGUUAAACAAGAUCAACAAAGGUUCCAAGAUUAAGUUAGAGCAAUGAAUUCUUUAGACGACUACAUUUACAACAUGAGUUAAGUAAUGAAGGAUAACAGUGUUGGUUCUAUUCUGAGUCUUGGAGACAAAAUAGUGCUUAAUUAUGCAACUAUAAGGUCCACUUAAUCUUAUGAGGGAAGUGAUUUGUAAUAUUUUAGUCUUUUUAGUUGCGUUUAUCAAUUUCAGUUUCUUCAUGUAUAAUGUUGAAGUAGCAUGUUUUGCUUCUUUGAUUACAUAUUUUGAUAAUAUAUGCUAUGCUGGCCUUGUUAUAAAA